AUGUGGUUAGUUGACUACACCAAGGCGCCUCCACCUUUUACCGUCAGUGUUGAAGUUUGCGGCAAGCCGCUACGCAUGGAAGUGGACACGGGGGCGAGCGUCUCAGUCAUUGCCAAGUCGCGUUUGCUACAGCUUCUACCUUCAAUUCCGGUGCAGCCGUCUCAAGUAUUUCUGCGAAGCUAUUCCGGGGAUUUAAAGAAGGUACAAGGCAAAGCUGAUGUCCAUGUAAAGUUUCAUGGCAAGGAGGCUCACCUACCGAUUUUUCUGGCCGGAAACGAAUCACCCACUCUGCUCGGACGCAACUGGAUGCAAGAAUUGGGCAUCGGCGUCUCCGACGUUGAAGUGAACAUUCAUGCACUUGCUGAUGUGAAACACGUAGUGCAAGAUUACACUGAAGUGUUUGAAGAAGGUUUGGGUACGUUCAAGGGUGCGACAGCUUCACUACAUGUACCUUCAGAUGCUCCACCACGGUUCCUCAAGCCACGCCCACUGCCGUAUGCUUUGACGGACGAAGUCACGCAAGAAAUUCAGCGAUUAAUAAGAGAUUCCAUCAUUGUUCCGGUGAAGACAGCUAGGUGGGCUGCCCCAAUUGUUCCCGUGACAAAAAGGGAUGGGCGCAUCAGAAUCUGUGGGGACUUUGGUGUCACCAUUAACCCAGUCGCGACGGUGGAACGCUACCCUAUUCCAAGAAUUGAGGACUUGUGGACUGUGCUGGCCGGAGGUGAGAAAUUUACCAAGUUGGACUUGCGUGACGCAUACCAGCAAGUCGUCCUGGAUGAGGCCUCUAGAGAAAGUUUAUCAAAAGCAGAGCAAAACUAUAGUCAACUUGACAAGGAAGCACUGGCCUUGGUGUUUGGCGUGGAUCGGUUCCACCAGUACUUGUGGGGCAUACCGUUUGAAGCACACACUGACCACAAGCCACUUCUUGAACUUCUGGGUGCCAACAAGCCUGUUCCUGUGCAGGCUUCGCCAAGAGUGGUCAGAUGGGCCCUGAAGCUAUCCGCGUACAAUUACAAACUUGUCUACAAACCUGGCAAAGAGCUCGGGCAUGCCGAUGCGCCUAGUAGACUGCCGCUGCCCAACGAUUGCACUGCAUUUCCUCGCCCUGCUGAGAUCUUCAUGCUGGAGGAGGCAUAUCCACAACUCCUCUCACCAGCUGUUGUAGCGCGAGCCACAAGAGACGAUCCGGUAUUGAGCCAUGUUGUCCUAUCUGUGUUGAAAGGAGAAAGCCUCCCAGCGGGACCAGAGUGGAAACCCUUCAGUGCCAGAAGUGCGGAAAUCAGUCUCCAUGAAGGCUGUCUACUAUGGGGAUCAAGAGUCGUGAUUCCGAAAAAAUUGCUGGCCCAGGUACUUGGUGUGCUUCAUGCCAGCCACCCGGGUAUUGAGAAGAGCAAGAUGAUCGCCAGGAGCCAUGUCUGGUGGCCAGGCAUUGACAAUGACAUCGCAAACAGUGUGAAGAGCUGCGCUACGUGCCAGGCUCAACAUAGAGCUGCCCAGCCAGUGCAGCAGACACCCUGGCCUUUUCCACAGCGACCCUGGUCUAGGCUUCACAUUGAUUUCGGGGGACCAUUUCUAGGGCAUACCUUCUUGGUUAUAGUGGACGCCUUCUCGAAAUGGAUAGAAGUCUUCCCUGUGUCUUCCACAUCAGCAGACGCUACCAUUUCUGCCUUGAGAAUGGCAUUCGCCCAGCACGGCCUCCCUGACAUCAUAGUUUCGGACAAUGGUCCUGCUUUUACCAGUGCACAGUACCUGGACUUCUUGACUCGAAAUGGAAUACGUCGCAUGCUGGUACCGCCGUAUCACCCUGCGUCCAACGGUGCCGCAGAGCGAGCAGUACAGACUGUCAAAAACAAACUCAAGAAAUCUAGGUUGGGCAACUUCCAAACACAACUGUCCCGGUUCUUAUUCCACUACAGGACUACACCUCACGAAGUAACGGGUCGGCCACCGUGCGAACUCCUCACAGGGAGAGCCUUCAAGACACCGUUGGAUGUCUUGCGGCCAAGCCUGCAGACGUCGGUACUUGUAAGGCAACUUAAGCAGAAGUUGUAUGCCGACAGAGGAUCCCGGCCAGCUCCGUCAUUGCAACCAGGAGACAGCGUGUAUGCGCGAAACUUUCGACAGGGAGCACCAUGGGUGCGGGCCAGUGUUGUCGACAUCACCCCGCCGUCGGCCAGCGUCAUUCUCGACGAUAGGUCUAUAUGGCACCGACACGGUGACCACUUGCGUCUUGCCCAGACAGGGCCACCGGGUACAUCUGAAACGGAUGCACUUCACCGUGCUAGUGCUGCGGCCAUACCACAAUGGGAACAGCCUCCUCUCCGUGAAUCAACUGUUCCGGACAUGCCGGAACAAGAGGCUGUCGAGCCGUCUACAAGUUCGCCUGAGAGGGGCUGUGCCAUAAACACUGACAUUACUGCAAGCAACAGUGGUGUUCAUGUGGGGAGUGACUCUUCCGUGGCUGCGCCUUGCACACCAGUGUUGCGACGCAGCAACAGGUCGAGGAAACCAGUGCUUAGGUACUCCCCGUAG